AUGUCUAACUUGACCACUGUUGUGACUGAAUUUCUCCUCAUAGGGUUUUCUGACACCCGGGAGCUACAGAUCUUGUACUCUUUGCUUUUCUUUCUCAUUUACUCAGCAGGCUUGAUGGGGAAUCUCCUCAUUGUCAUCAUCACCACCUUUGACAGGAGACUCCACACCCCCAUGUACUAUUUCCUGAGGAAUCUGUCCAUUGUAGAUGCCUGCUUCAUAUCGAUAACUCUACCCCAGGCAUCAGUUAACUCCCUGGUGAACAACAGAGCUAUCUCAGUUGCUGGAUGUGCAGCCCAGAUAUUUCUGGUGAUGUUCUUUUCAUAUUUUGAGUAUUCUUUGCUCACUGUCAUGGCCCGUGAUCGCUAUGUUGCCAUAUGUCACCCACUUCAUUAUCCAGUGAUCAUGAGUCCCCGGGUCUGUAUGCAAAUGAACUUAACCUGCUUGUUCACUGGCCUUCUGUUUGCAGGUUUCCAUACUGGUUACACAUUUCAAUUGUCUUUUUGCCAAUCCAAUGUGAUCCACCAGUUCUUCUGUGAUAUUCCUUCUCUUCUCAAGAUUUCUUGCUCAGAGACACAUAGCAAUAUAUUAUCCUUGCUUGCCUCUGCCAUGCUGAUUGGGGUUGGUGGCUUUGUCUUCAUCACUGCAUCUUACAUUAUGAUAUUGUCUACUGUGCUCAAAUUUCCUAUGAAAGAAGACCAAAGAAAAGCCUUCUCUACUUGUGUCCCCCACAUCAUUGUGGUUUCUUUGUUCCUUAUUUCAGUCCUUUACGUGUACCUACAACCACCUUCAAGUUCUGGCUCCAUUAAAGAUAUCAUCUUUUCAGUAUUCUAUUCUGUAAUACCUCCCUUUCUGAAUCCCAUUAUAUACAGUCUACGUAAUAAAAAGAUAAAAGAGGCUCUAAGAAUAGUAAUGAAGAGAAAGUUUGUAUUAAAGAUGAAAGGAAAAACUGUAGUUCUUUCCCAAUGUUGCUCAACCUCAUUCAUCCAGAAAUAA